CCGGGGUUUGCGCGGGAUUGCGCGGGGGUGACGCUCGUCUCCCUCCUGAGUCAUGGUCUCAGCCCUGAGUAGCCACUGGUGACGUUCUUGCUUCCAAAAAUCGAAGGGGAAAUGGAGAAGAUGGUGGCAGUAGGCCUUGUUUGGGGAGCCACAAACGCCUUUAUGAAAAAAGGCGUACUCAAAUGCGACGAGAAGCUAAGAUCGUCUGUCCAUUCUAACACGCCGCAACACCCCGCUCUCAAAACCCUCAAGAACUGGUUGGAUCUGGUUUUGACUUGGCAGUACUCUUUGCCCUUCCUUCUGAACCUUUCUGCUUCGGCAACUUUCUACGCAAUCCUCAGCGAUGCACCAAUUUCUCUAGCCGUUCCAGUCACCAAUGCGACGACGUUUGCAGCCACCGCCGUUUUCGGGGUCAUUCUUGGGGAAGAGAUCCGGAUAGGGCCGGCUCUGUUUGGUACUUUUCUUAUUGCUCUUGGAGUUUAUAUAUGUGUCAUGUGAAUGCAAUUUGAUCAAUGGAUGUCUUAUUCUCUUUGUUUCCCUGGAAAAAUCAUUUUAUAUCAUUUUGAGUUGAAUAGAUGGAGUUGUGGAGACAAUGGAUGAUGAGUUAAGUAAUAAGUAUAUGAUAGCCUGUUGCUAGAAAUAUUUGGCAAAACCCGAAAGGGAUUGAAAUUCUGUUACUUUCUUGUUGUUGUUGUUGUUGAUGAUGAUGAUGAUAUGCUACCGCUGCUGAGAUAUUCUAUGCGGUCCAAGUUAUUAUUGGUGUGGAAAAUUAUGCUUAACUUAU